AUGUAUGCGCUGCCUGAUGACAACCAAGAUGCAAUUGAGAAAGUGAACGGCCAUUUCAGCCGACUGCAGCGCGCUUCACCCCCAAUUGGUUCCGGUCUCGCAAUCGCCAAGACCAGCAGAUCCCGCUUCGCCAAAGGGUCGUCUACUCCCGAACGCCUAAAGGACCAAGAGACCACUACUGCCAACGCAGGUUUCUCUGUUCUAAUACAGGGUCUGAUUAUACGACCUCCACCGAGAUCUUACCCCCAGAACCUUACUGCGAAGAGUGCCACCCUUAGGUCCCAAGCCCAAAUGAUCACCACUCAGACCUCGACAACCAAGAGAUAUGAUCCAAAGCUUGCAACUACCCUUCAACUCCAAGGCGAUGGGGCAGAAAGUCAAAUUCCCUCUUCAACUACGCUGCGACGACAUAUCCCUAUAUCACAGCCUCAGUCAAUGAGAGAUCAGCCGUGGCAGUCAUACGCAAUGGAAUCACAGGCUAUGGAGAUCAAGGUGCAGCUCAAACCAUCAGACAAGCGGACCAAGUACAUCUAG